AUGAAAAAUAAUAAUUCCAAAGAAUGUCAAUUUAAAGAUAUACAUAAUAAAAAAAACUCCAAAUACUUCGAUAAGAAAGAUAUUAAACAAGACCACGGCGCAAAUGAUUUAUGUGAGAUAUUAUCAUCAGAUGAUAACAGUGACGAAUGUAAUAACAAAAUAAACGAUAAUUUUAUUAUUGUGGAACUGAUUUCUUAUUUAUGUGGAAACUCAAGAAUUAUUUCAUUUUAUCCAAGUACUAAUAUAAAAAAUUCUGAUCAGAAUAAAUAUCUUUAUCAUUUUUAUAAAAAAAAAAAAGUAAAACUAUAUUUAUGCUUAAAUAAAAAAAACGAUGAAAUAUUCAUAUAUCAAGUUCAGUGUAAAUAUACCAAAAAAAAGGAAAAAAAAUAUGACACCGACAAUGAUGAUAACAAUAUAAAUAAUAACAAAACAAAAAGCAAAGACAAUCCAUGUGUAAAUAAUAAUGUAGGACAUUGUUCCUAUAUCGAACAGAAUAACAAUGAACGAAAUGAAAAAAUAAAAAUAGAAAAUAAUCGCGAAAGGAAUAUAGAAAAAUAUGUGGAAGAUCAUGUAAACAAACAUAUAAAAAAGGAUGAAAAAAAACAUAUUUAUAAUUCUUAUAAUUAUCCACAAAAUAAUACAACCGAUGAAUAUUUAUCCUCAUCGUCAUCCAAAGAUAUAAAAAUAAACUAUAAUAUAGAAAACAAAAAAAAAAAAAACAUAGAACAUAAUUAUCAUAACUAUGAUUCUAAAAAAAUAUUCAUUACAAAAUUAUUUGAUAGUAUUAAUUGUACAUAUGAUAUCUCAAAUAUUGAAUAUACCAAAUUACAAACAACAGAUGAUAAAACUUUAAAUUCUUUGAAACUUAUAUUACAGCAAAAAAUUAAUAAAACACAAAAUAAUAUAAAAACAGAACAACAAGCAUGUGAACACAAAUCUGACAUAAAUCAUAAUUGUAAUACUUGUGAUCAACAAAUUAAUAAUUUUAUUUCAAACACAAAUAAUACACAUACUCAACAUUCUUUGAAAAAUAAUUCCCAUAAAAAUUACCUGACUUGUUCAGAAAAAAAUUAUGACAAAAAUGUAUGUAAGGUUGAAGAGAGAAAAAUUUCGAGCGAUAAUAAAACAGAUGAUAACGAAAUGAAAACCUUAUUUUUUUAUUUUAAUGAGCCAGCAAAUAUAUAUAUGAAUCAGUUUUCUCACAUUGACCAAAAUAAAGAACAAAAUAAUGUAAAACAAAUAUCGGGAUUUUUAAAAGACAUAAGAUACCAAGAUAUACAAAAGGAACACAGCAAAAUAUGUAAAAGUAACAAAUAUAAAUCAAUAAUUCAUAAAAUGAAAAAGGAAGAUUUAUUUUCUAAUUUUUUGGAACAGUACGAAAGUGAUAUAAGUAUAUGUAGUAAUGAUCUUCAAUUUAGCGAUACAGAAGUUGUAACUAAUGAUCGAGAUAUAUAUAUAAAAGAGGAAAAAAAGAAAAAAAAAAUGAAUAUAGUCACAAGAAAUAAUUUAAAAAUAAAAUGGAUUUUAUUAAAUUUAAAUUUAAAAAAUGAUGACGAAGCAUUAAUAAAAAAAUAUGUAAUAUGUAAAAAGGAAAAAAUUCAGAAAUUUAAAAAAUCAAAUUAUUUUUCAAAUGAAAUAUAUAAUAAUUCUUUUUAUAAUAAUAAAAAAGAAAAUGAAAAAUAUGUAAUAAAAAAUAAUGAUUCUAUGACAAAUGAAUAUGUUACAUAUUGUGAAGAUAAAAAGGUAGAAUAUGAUAAAUCAUAUAGUAAUAAUACAUAUUCAAAUAAAUCUUAUAGUGAAAAAUCGUAUUCUAAAGAAUCUUCCAGUUAUAUAUCUUGUACUGAUGAUGACCAACCAUACAUCUCCAAUUCUCAUGAUAAAGAAAAAAAGCACGAAUGUUAUAAAAAAAUGAAAAUGUCACAUAAUAAUAAUAUAAAAAAUAAAACACAAAGUGAAGAAACACAUACAAAUCAUACAAAUCAUACAAACCAUGCAAAUCAUACAAACCAUACAAAUCAUACAAAUCAUACAAAUCAUACAAAUCAUACAAAUAAUACAAAUCUUAUUUUUAAUUUAGAAUUAUAUGAUAAUUCAAAAGAUAAAGAAGAAUUACAAAAAGAGACUAAUGAAAAUAUUGUGUAUGACAAAAGAAAUUUGAAGAAUACAAACCAACAUGAUAAUAACAAAAUGGAUCUCCCUACAAAUAAUUUAUCAUAUUGUCAAAUUGAUAAUAAUACAAAUAAACAUUCAACAUUUAUUUAUAAUGAUCAAAUGUAUAUUUCAAAAGAUAUAAAUGAGCAAGUGUAUAAUGAAGAGGUAAACAUAAAUAUGAAUAGAAAAAAUAAUAAUAUAAACAAUAUAUAUGAUCAUGUUGAUAAUGCAAAUGAUGAUAAAUCAUAUCCUCCUAUGUCUGACACUUCUUCAUUAUAUUCACAUAUAGAAGAAAAAAAUGAUGUUCAUGUAAACUAUGAAAAUGAAAUUUGUAUACGUGAUACUUUAGAUAUGAAAAAUGAUAGAAAGAGAAAAAUAUAUAAUGUGCAAAAUUAUUCGGACGCUCAAAAGGAAGACAAAAAGGUGAUGUAUGGAAAAAAUGAUAGCAAUGAAGAUUCGGUUAUUUAUAUGAACAAUGAUAGUAAUGAGGAUAACAAUAAUGAGGAUGAUAAUAAUGAGGGUCAUAAUAAUGAGGGUAAUAAUAAUGAGGGUCAUAAUAAUGAGGGUUAUAAUAAUGAGGGUUAUAAUAAUGAGGGUCAUAAUAAUGAGAAUUAUAAUAAUGAGGAUUAUAAUAGUGACAAUUAUAAUAGUGACAAUUAUAAUAGUGACAAUUAUAAUAAUCCUUAUGGUGAUAGUAAAAAUAAUAUGUAUAACCCCCAAUUAAAUAAUAAACAAAAUGAUUGUGUGUGCAUUUCCAAUACAGAAUCUCAAAAUGAAGAAACCAUAAGUGUAAAAGAAAGUGAGAGUGAUAAGGAGAGAAAUUAUGUAAUAAAUAAACAAAAUUUGAAUAUCGAUUAUGUUGUUACUAAUAAGAAAAUAUCCACUAAUAGAAAUAAUAGUAAUAAUAGUAAUAAUAGAAAUAAUAGUAAUAAUAAUAAUAAUAAUAAAAUUAAUUUGGAAAAUAAUAAUUCUUACAAUAAUAACUCUUGUAAUAAAUAUUCAUUCAAAGUAAAUCGUCAUAAUAAUGAAAAAUACCCAUCAAAAGAUAAAAGUAAUGAUAAAGAUCUAAUAAUUAAUCAGACCCAAAUAAAUGAAAAUACUAAUAAAGAAUACAAUCCAAAUAAAUCGACAAGACAUAAAAAUGAAAAUACAAAUGUUAUACAUAAUAUAAACUCUUGUGUAACAAGAUAUUUCCUUAAUCAUAAAGUUAAUACUUUAUAUGACAUUGUAAAAGUUAUUUAUUAUAAUUAUCGAAAUUUUAAAUAUAGCGAAAAAUUAAAAUUUUAUAUAACAACCUUUUUAAAUUUUUCUAAAAUCGAAAAAGCUAAAUUAGAAUUUAUGGAAAAAGAAAAAAAAGUAGAUACAGAAAUACUUAAAAAUUAUAUAAAUCAAAAAAUAUGUAACCAACAAAAUGUUUGGAAUUUAAAUAAUUAUAUUAUAGAUAAUGAUAAUAUUUUUAGAUUAAAUAAAUCGAAAUAUAUUGAUGAUUCUAUAAUAGAUUUUUUUAAUAAUUAUAUUUCUUCAUUUAUUCUUAAUAUCAAUCAAAAUGUAAAUGAUACAUAUAUUUUUAAUACAUUCUUUUAUAAAAAAUUAGAAUUAUAUGAUGAUGUUUUAAAAGCUUAUGUUAACACUACUAGAUGGAUUAAAAAAUUAAACAAAAAAAUUUAUGAAUACAAAUAUGUAUUUAUUCCAGUAAAUAUUGAAAAUACACAUUGGUCUUUGGUACUUAUAUAUUUUCCUUUUAAUAAUGACGAACAUAAAAACAAUGAUAGUUCGAACCUUUUAUCAUCUUCCAAUAUUAUCACUCAAAAAAUAAACCAAAAUCAAAUGAUAACUAGUAAGAUUGAAGAAAAACAAAAACAAAAAAAAAAUAGUUACUAUAAAAACAACAAUCAUAGUUGUAUCAUUUUAGAUGGAGGAGGGGGAAAAAAAAAUCCAUCUGACAAAAAAAAAUCAAAUGAAUUUUCACAGAAAGGUACUAGUAAUAAUUCUAAAGAUAAACAAAAAGAAACAAUAAAAUCAAAAUCAAAGUGGUAUAUCAAGUUAAGGAAUAGAUCAUAUGAUUCCUACUUUUUUAACAGAUAUUGUAUAAAUGCAAAUAAAUUUAACUAUGAUAUAAGAAAAGAUCGUUUCCAUAUUUUAGAUAAUAAGAAUAUUAAUAAUGAAAUGCAAAAAGAUAUUAUCUGUAAUAAUCGCAUAUGUUCUAGUGACCCGGAUGAAUACUCUUUUUUUUAUACCCAAGGAAAUUCUUGGAAUCAAAGAAAAAAAAAAGGCUCUUCAAUUAAUAGUAAUAAUAAUGAUCAUAUUGAUGACAGUGAUAAUAUUGAUGACAGUGAUAAUAUUGAUAAUAGUGAUAAUAUUGAUAAUAGUGAUAAUAUUGAUAAUAGUGAUAAUAUUGAUAAUAGUGAUAAUAUUGAUGAUAGUGAUACUAUUAAUGAUAGUGAUAAUAGUGAUAACAUUGAUAAUAGUGAUAACAUUGAUAAUAGUGAUAACAUUAAUUACAGUGAUAACAUUAAUUAUAGUGAUAACACUUAUAAUAGUGAUAAGAGUCAUUAUAGUAAUAAUAAUAUGAAUCAUUUUAAUAAUAAGAUGAAUAGUUCAAAUAAUAGUUUUAUGCCAAACGAAGUGAAAGAAUUAAAAGAAGAAAAAUCAAAUACACAUAACAAGGUAGCUUAUAUGAUAUAUCUAGAUUCUUUAUUCCCAUCUGUCAAAGGAAAUAAAAUUUUAGAAAAAAUAAAAAAAUAUAUUGAACAUAUAUAUCAUUCAGAUCAUAUGAACAUUAAUAAUAAAAUAGAUAUGAAACAAAAUAAAACGAAUCAUGAUAUUCCACAAAUUAUUUUUAAAUUUAUAUAUCCUAAAGUGCUUCCUAAACAAAAUAAUAGUUAUGAUUGUGGCAUAUAUAUUAUACAAUUUAUUUUACAUUUAUGUUUGAAUAAACAUUUAGUAGAACGAGAUUUGAUUAACCCAUAUAAGGAUAAAUUAAAUAAUAAUGAACAUAAUCAUAACAAAUAUAUGUUCACUACAUCUAAUAAAUAUUCUCAACAUAACCAUAGUAAUAAUUAUUUUUAUUCAAGGCUUAGAUCCAAUAGACCUGCCCCUUGGUUUGGUCAAAGGGACAUAAACAUAAAGAGAAAGCAAAUGAAGAAGAUGCUCUUAUAUAUGAAAGACGUUAUAAAUUGGAAAUCUCCAAAUCACAUCGAAGUUUUGAAUUUAUUAUUUUUAAUGAAUGACACUAAUCAAAUUAAAAAGGACAAAUAUAUAGCCAGUUAA